AUGGAAACAAAAAUAGACAAGGAAGACAGUCCCGGGAAAGACCCACAGGCGCUGCGGAAAAGAUAUAAUUCGGAAAAGGAUUUUAGCAGAUCGUUCGAGGCGUACGAACGGGGAGAAACGAAAUACGACGAAGAGGAUAAUCACACUGCUUCCCUACUUCAUGGAUACUCAUUUAAAAUAAAAAAAAAAAGUCCUGUUAAAAAUGGGAAAAACUAUUUAUGGUUAAAGAUGAAGGACAAGGCAAGACGGAGAUCCGAGUCGGAGUACCACAACUGCGUCCGCAGAAACAAUUCAAGACUUACUUGCUUCGUGAAAAAGUACAUGAAAUAUUUUUCUGACCUGAAAAGGAGAAGCUACAAAACGAGUUCUUAUGAAAACGACCCCAACACUAGCAUCAGUUUCGGCAACCGUCUUGGCACGAUUAGAAGCAACCCCAACUUUAGUGCUCAUAUGAAGAAAGGGCUCUCCAAUGAGGGUAAUUUCAAGUUCGAACCUGAGGAUUCUCUAUCAAUGGGGCAAAUACUUGGGGGGUCAUUUCUGCACAAAGUGGUAGAUUUGUUUGCAAGUCCAUUUCGCUCUCUCCAGGAAGGUAGCCCCCCAAAUAAUAGCAACCAUUGCCUCUGGAACGAAGUAACCCCCUUCCUGAUUUUCAAAAACGCCUCCUCUGAAGAGGCAUUUAUGGACAAAUUUUACGCCUCCCUUCCCUUCAAAAUAAUUGUAUACUCAACGUUAAUGAUUUUAACCUCGUUGGUUAACUUUUUUAUUUUGCACUUUGGUGUGUUCAGUUUUGAGCAUCCUGUGGGGAAAGCGGCAAUAUACAUAAACGUGUGUAAAUUACUCUUGGACAUUUUUUAUUUCUCCUUUUUUGUCAUUUAUAUAUUUUUUUUCAGUUCGAAUUGCAUAGAGAGGAUGUCUCUUUAUUCCUACAACUCGUCUUACCUGUUUGCAUCACUUCGAGUUUUAUGUAACCUUGUUCUGUUGCACGUGCUUCCUCCAUCUGUGACGAUAAACGGCGCGGAAUCUACACGUGUUAUCGAUUUUAAUCCACCCCAAUGUAAGAAGGAUCAUCACCAGCAGGAGCAGUCAACUCUGCCCAGCGUCCAAGCCAUAGUCAUUUUCAUAAGUUGUACAUACCUGUGCGUACUCUGCUGCUUAAAAAAUUACAUCAUCCUUCACCAUUUUGCGCUAAGCUUUAAAUUCUCCCUUUUUUGCAUCCUUUGUGUGUUCACUCUCUGUGCAUACUCCUACGGUUAUCUGCACUUUCCCUACAACGAUGUGGUCGUGUUGUUUUGCUUCUCCCUGUGCCUGCUUGUGCUGUCUCUGUGGUAUGAAUAUCGCUUUGAGAGGAGGGGAAGGGCUUCCUUCAUGGGAAGGCGCCAAGGUGACGAGGUCACCCAUGAGGGGAAAAACACAAGCGAGGCUGAAAACACUGAAGGUGAGAAAAACACAGACGAAGCGGAAAACACGGACUACGAAGAAAACGCCUACGAGGUUGACCGCAGGAAGAUGGCGAGACACUACAUGACAAAGUACUUCUCGAUCGACAACACGACGCCCACCUCCCCCAUCGAAGACAUUCUAAACAACCUGAAGUACUUGCUGGAUCAUAUGAAGAAGCUGGAGGAAGACGCCAGCGAAAAGAAAUUAUCAGAAAUAGGAAAAAUGAGAGAAAAAAUAAAAAUGUGUGAAAAUAUCCUUAGGACGCAAAAUUUAAAUGAAGUACAAAUAUGCAAGUAUCGAAAAUUUGAGAGAGUUUACAACAUGUGGUGUUUGGAUAAAAUCGAAAAUAAUUAUUGCGAAAAAAACGAUGAAUGUAAAUCCUACUUAUCUCAAAGUCUUAACAAGAAAAGUUUUAAUACAUUUUCCAACAUUCACUCAUUACUGUCGUCCAAAUUUCAAGAACAGCACAACUAUUCGUUCGAGUGGAAGUCCGACAUUGAGCUUUUGUACAAGCGCAAUGUGUUCAUUUCCAUUGGGUAUAAGCUGCUGUAUCCGUUAGGCGUCUUGGAGGCCAGCUUCGACAAGGAGAAGCUGAAGAACUUCCUCCUGAAAAUGUACUCUCUGUACAACCAUGUGCCCUACCACAACAGCCUGCACGCCGCACAGGUAGCGCACUUCAGCAAGAGCAUGCUAUUCCUCCUAGACAUCAACCACAAGAUACCAGCCAUUGACGAAUUCUGCCUGCACGUCUCUUCCCUGUGCCACGACGUGGGCCACCCGGGGCUGAACAACUACUUUCUAAUAAACUCGGAAAAUAACAUAGCACUCACAUACAAUGACAACAGUGUGUUGGAGAAUUAUCACUGUUCCCUCGUUUUCAAAACGUUGAAGGAGAAGAAUUGUAAUGUUUUCGAAAAUUAUCCAUACAACAUUUUUACGACUUGCAAAAAAAAUAUCAUUAGGGCUAUCCUAUCAACAGACAUGAAAAACCAUUUCGAGUACAUCUCCAACUUUCGCACAUCCAAAGAAUUUAUCGACUUAGACAUUUUAACAAGUGAACAGAUAUGGCAAAUUUUCUCCCUCAUUUUGAAGGCAGCAGAUAUUGGGCAUGCCACCCUUGACUGGAACAAACAUUACGAAUGGACAAUAAAAAUUAAUGAGGAGUUCUACCUACAGGGGUUACUAGAAAAAUCGUUAAAUAUGCCCAACAGCUUUUUGUGUGAUAUAAACUCUAUUGAUAAAUUAGCCACCUCUCAGAUUGGCUUUCUGAAACAUUUGUGUAUUCCUCUUUUUAGUGAGUUAAAUUCCAUCUCGAAAAAUGAUGAAGUUUACAAUCAGUGCAUUUGCUCCAUUGAGAAUAAUAUAGAGCAGUGGGAUAAGAGAAAAAAUAAUCAGAAGAGUCUGGGGCUGCACGAGAAGUACAGAGAUGAAAAUUUAAUGGGCAGAAUUAAGCUGCUAAAAUUUGUGUGA